UCACACAAGUUUGAGCAAUCAAUUUUUUCUCUAAAAAGUUUUGCAAACAAAAAGAAAUAGAUACUAGAACAAUAAUUAAUAGAACAUAAAAGUCACAAAUUUAUUGCCAUUAGUCUAUCUCCACUCAGCAACCCGAAAAAAAAAAUUAAUAGGGAGAAAGAAAAUGGAACUAUAUUUACCUUCUGCACAAUCUACACAAUUUAAUCAUAAAUGCAGGACAUGCACUGAAGGGAAGAUCACUCGGUAUUCCUUUUAUGAACGUGUGUCUCAGGAUGUUGGAUCGUCCAAAACCUACGGGGAACUGAUAAGCAACUUAUUGAGAAUUAACCCUUCAGAAGAAGAAGAAAUUCUUAUGCCACAAAGGUUGUGCAUCAAGUGUGCAAAUUUAUUAAAAGAUAUUUACGUUUUCCUCUUAGAGGCGGAAAAAUUGCAAGAAAUAUAUUUGAAUCAAGCGAGGAGAUCAAAAAUUGUUAUAAAAAACGAAGAUUGCUUGCAAGAACUACCGAUCGAUUUGCCACAAGCGCACGAAAUUAGUGUAGAUACCAAGACAGAACCGCCGCAGACUAUUACGGGCGUCGGGGCAGAACCGCAGACAAAACAAGAACAGUUAACGGAAAAUGUAAAUAAAGAAAUGAAUCAAAGUAACGAAUGCUUCCGAAACGAUGUUAUCUUACGACUGGGUAACGAGGAAGAUGCAAAAAGUGGCUUACAGCAUAAUGCGAAGCAAGACAGUUCCCAUGAAGUUUGUGAAGAACCACAGGAGUCGGAAGUGGUUAUGGAUAUCAAAACAGAACCGCCAGAAAUUAUUGUAUAUAUCGGGACAGAGCGGUCGGAGACUACUGCGGGCAUCGGAGCAGAACCGCAUUUGUCUAAAAGUCUUUCAAGCUUCGAUGGUCUAACAGAAGCAACAAAGCAAGAACUGUUAACGGAAAAUGUAAAAAAGGAAAUUAUUCAAAACGACGAAUGUUCCCGAAAGGAUAUUAUCUUACGGCUGCGUAACGGGGAAGAUGCAAAAAGUGGCCUACAGGAAAAUGGGAUGGAAGACAGUUCCCAUGAAGUUUAUGAAGAAGGUGGACGAUAUUCGAUACCUACCUCUACUUUACCUAACAACGGCCAUAUUAGUUAUAUCCGAUCCAAUUUAAAUAUGUCCACCACCUGCAAUGAGAAAUUCCACUAUGUCCUAAGCCAUCUAUUGCGGGACUAUCCGAAGCUGUGGCAUCACAGGCGGGGGCCGAGUAAAGACGAGUACCAGAAACUGGCCAAGAAAUUAGGCGAGGAGUUGCAGCGUCCUGUGUCCGAGGAAAAAGUGCGAACCGUUCUGAAAAAUGUCAGGCGGCAUCUGCAGCGGCUCGAAAAAGGGCUGUCUCAGAGGACACAUUAUUGCGCAUAUCUUUGGUAUGCGAAAGAACUUAGAUAUAUGCGGGCCGUGGAGGUGAUGUCCAAAAUAAUUGAGGAGAAGGAAUUCUUCGAAGAAAAGAUCACGGUAAGUGCAGGUGGUUCCGAAAAGUUCUUAGAAGAGUCCAUGGAAAUAAUACAGGAGGAUUAUUCUGGCCCAUCCACUUCUGCUCCGAGCGUCCAGGAGUACAUGGAAUAAUAGAAGAGAGUUAUGCCGGCCCGUUGACUUCUGGCCCGA